AUGACCAAUAACGCACUCGGGACGAUCAUUCAAUCCGUAUCCUACCAUCAUCAAGAACAAAACGCCAAUAUGUCGAUCCAGCAAACUACACAGAUCGACCCUUACGAAUGGCAGCAGGUCGAGCGCGGUGUUUGGCGACGCAACUGCAUCGGCCAUGAAGCAUCCGCUACAUUCAACGAGAACAUUGCUUAUGGCCACACUGAGCUUUCGAUGGCAGUCAGCUUCCGCUUGCACCAUCCUCGCUCUUCUCGUAUUGCAGGGACCGAGCUGGAGUUGGACGAGGCGGUAGCUCGUAUUCGAGAGGGCUGGGUGCGAACACGAUAUCUGCGCCCCGAGCUGGCGGUCGAGAUGGAUCGACACGCCGAUCCUUGUGUCCCUCAGACCUUCACGUACAGGGUGCUGCGGGACGAGGCUUCCAUCCGCGCAUGGGUAGAGCAGACAUUCGUGGUGACAAGGUUGGGCAUGCCAGGAGCAAGCAGCUUCGAAGAGGUCUGCGCUCAUACCUGCAACCGACCCUUGGCUACUCAGGGCAAGCAGUCGAUGCUCUACCUUGUCCUGCCUCGAUUGGGCGACAAGAGGGACCGCACUGCGCGCCUGAUCUGGAAUGUAUCGCACGCAGUCACGGAUGGUGGAAGCAUUGUCGAGUUCUUCAACGUCUUGCUUCAGUGCGCUAUCGAUGCCACUCCAGCUGCACCCCACAGUUCGAUCUAUACUCCUACAGCCUGGGAGCUCGACGUGUAUCCUCGCCUGCCACGCAGCGUAGUCACAGCGUACCGCACGCAGUUCGAACCCAAGCCUUCUGACGUGGAGCAGGCCCAUGCUGCGGCGCAGUCCAAUAUGCGUCUGAUCUCGGAGAGGAUCUGCCAGUCGCUUGCUCUCAUACCAGCUGCUUCCUGGACUGAUCGCAAACACUCCACCAUCUGCCUCGCCAAGACCAUGGAAGUAAGCGAAGCAAAGGAGCUGUUUAGCUUCGCCAAGCAAGUCAAGUCUGGAAUCACCUACUUGGCUUCUGCAGCAACGAUCAUGGCUACAGCUGAGACCUUCCCUGAGCGCAAGGCAACUAGCAACGGUGCUCUGAUGGGAAUGGUUCGCAACGCUAGGCGGUGGCUGUCGCGUACACCAACGGAAGGUGCACCUGAAGGUCAACUCACACCGCUCGGAUCGGACGCUGUGUUUUUGUGGAUUCCCGUCGAUACCAACACUUCACUUGAGCCCAGUCUAGCGGGUCUGCAAGACUUUGUCUCGGUCGCACAAAAGAUCAAGACGGAGCUGCAAGCACACCUUACCACCGCACACUGCAUUUCAUCUUAUCCUGCUGUUGCUGAUGGUGCAAUCACAGGCCUCGCUCAGCAGUGGAAGCAGAUUGAAGCAGCACAUAGCGCCACCCCUCGUUCCUCUGAGGCGGAGCUGCAGGACAUCAUCGGACCUCAAGCCCCAGGCUUCUCUUCGGUCGGCGAGUUCAAGGUUCAGCCUCGAUUUGAGCCAUCAUCUGCUGAAGCCAAGGCGAGCGGCUUGUGGAUCGAGCGCACUGACGUUAGCCAUCUAGGUCGACAAGUGAACGCUUCACCUUGGUUGAGCAUGCUUUCCAUCGACGGAAGGAUCAAGUUGCAGCUUGGCUUCGAUACCAAGUUCCACGAGGAGCACAAGAUGCGACAGUUCAUGGAGCGUGUGUUUGGCUGGUUGCGUGUCUGUGCUGCCGCCUCCUCCCCCACCACCGCCGCCAGCAAUUCAUCUUGGAGGCCCGACCUGAGUGCGUCUGUCUCUGCACGUCUCUAG